UACGGCAAAACGUUUAUGAAACGGUUUUGAAACCAAUGUGUGCUGCCUGGGUAUUGUCUUUCGUUGCGAUGUUAUCUCUCUUUGAGAUACACAUGUAAUUUUUGUUGAUUUGACUGUCGAUUCCAGAUAACGUACAAUAUGCGUAUGAUGCCUCUGGAAUACUUCCCAUCCAGCGAUUAGUAUUUUUUGCACCUAUCUCGCAGCGUGAUUCAGUUAGCAUACUUUCUUUUUAAUCUUGCGGAAUCUUGUGAAUGGUACGGAUCGGCGUUUUUCAAAAUCCGUAUCUCGCUCUUCGAGGAGUUCAGGUGCAAUCGCUCACGCGUGAAUUAUCGCUGAGAGUGCGAACGGGAUGCAUGCAAGUAUAUCUGAUAUUGUCGAGCAGAUUUGUGGUUACAUUUGAAUGAUGUAAAUCGAUAUCUGACGGAUAUAACGAUACCAAUGCGACUUCAUCCUCGACCUUGGUUUUCCGUUUCACUAUCGAGUGAAACAAGAGUUUCCGACGCCCUUUUACAUAUGUUAUUAGCUGACAAUUGUAAACCUUAUUGGUAAUGUUAUUAGUGGCAUAAUCGUAAAUCAUUAAUUUUUUGUUAACGUAGCUUGUUAUCUUAACUCAUUUCUAUUCCAGGCGAUAUAUUUAAAUAUGAAACGUACAGCGAGAGAUAAAAGAUACGAACCACCAUCUUGCCCCGCACACCUCGUUCGCGGUUUACCAUUGGUCGGCUUCUUUUUUACGAGGACGCUCACGUGACGAAUCCAUAGUUUCAUGGCUUGCGGAACACUCUAGAAAUUUUCUAUCUGAUAACCAAUCAACGCGUUCAUGCGAAACAUAAAAUAGUAGUAUGAAGUGACCAAAUUCACUAAAACAUCUGCGGCUUCAUUGGCUGAUACAAACUUAACUUGCGCAGUACAUUGAAAUCAGACAUGGAUAAGCAGGGUAACUUGGACGAUAAACAGAAUAAUAGAGAUAAUUUCGAGCAAAUAAUUGAUAGACAGUUGACAAAAUUAUGUCAACUCGAUGGAGCCACACGGUUGAUAAAAAGUAAAGCCAGUGUAAAAGAUGAACUUCAAAGAAUGCAUAACGAAGUAUUGGAGGUCUCAGUUGGUGUUCAGAACUUGAGGCAGAUGCUAGAAAAGCUUAAGGAACAAAAUGUUCGUUGCAGAGAAUUAUCAUCGCUGAUUGACGUUCUGAACAAACGAAUCUUACAUCAGACAGAGAACGUUCCUGAAGAAGUCAUACAAAGCUUUCAGAAUGUAAAUAAGCAAAUAUGUGCUCAAGCCAUAGUCUCCCCUAAUAUAUUAGACUACACCACAAAUUCAAGCCAAUCUGUGACCAGAACGGCACAGAAGACACCUGGCAGUGUCUACAGGAACACGGAGAAACGAGAAACGUUAAAGGACUGCAAGAGGACGCUUUUCAAUGAACCAGAUAACCAAAUAUGCCACACGGUACCACUUAUCACCGUGGAGGAAUUUAAUAAGUUGCCUAAGUACAUUAUCGGCAGGCAAACCUUGGACACGAUCAAUAGCUUGAUAAGCGCUAUAAAUCAAACGCUAAUCGCGAAAUACACGAUCUUAUCGUUGGGUAAGGCCGCUGCCCAAAAGAAAGGCGAAAUUAAUCUGUACCUGCAGUAUAAAAAGCAAGAACUGGAUGUGCAGGAGAAAAAUGAAUACCUCUACUUUUUCACAGCCGAGGAUUAUUAUGAGCAGACAAAAACAAAACUCGACAAAACUAAGUUAAACUUGAUAACUGCGUUACGCCACUGCAAACGUUUGCGUGAAUACAGGAUAAAAAAUGUGUUAAACUAUGUAAUAGUACCGCAUUAAUUAACACACAAUCUGUAUAUAGUUUUUAUUAAUUACUCACUUGUAAAAAUUAAGUUUGUCAUGGAUUGGAAUAGAAGCUACUGUAAUUUACUAACACUGAUAUUAUUACAUAUGUGAUUAAAGAAAGAAUAUAGCCUCUUACAGGCAAAUUUUACAGUCAUCUGUCAAUCUCUUUUGUAAUACUCGUACUGUAAUCGCUAAUGAUUAAUUAUUAUUGAAUGACUAGUUAUUAGAUAGUCGCAAAGAUUUAACGAUAUAUUAAUGAUCAAUCUAUAUAUUUUCACAUUUUUCUACGAAUAAAUUAGCGUAUAAA